CCAAACACACAGACAAGACCAAACAAAACAAGAAACAAGAAGCAAAACCAAAAACUCAAGCAAAACCCUACUAAAAACUGUCCCGUCUCUUUCUCCCUUCGAGUGGAAUCCCAACAAGUCUUCUGUUUCUGCUGCUGCUCCGUUUUCAAAGAUGCUGAGUAACGGGCGUGGACAUGGUGGAAAGCAUGUGUACGACGGAGUUUUUGGUGGUGGCGGUGGUGGUGCAGUGAAGCCUGGGAGUCGCGUGGAGGAUUACAGAGAGAUUUUUGGUGGGUUUGGUGCCACUGGUUCUUCGAUUCCGAUUCUUGAUGUUCCCGAGCUGAACGAGAAUGGUAAUGUUUCUUCUGUUGGUGCCCAAAGGAUUGAUUACGCCAAGAUUUUUGGUGGUUUUGGAGAUGCUGAUUUUGGCCUGCCUCUUGAAGAAUUCCUUGCUAAACCAAAGAAAGUCAAGAGUUCUAUCAAUGGAACUCGGUCUCCAGCUGAAGCAGGGUCGCGGAAUGCGGGGUCAAAACAUUCUAAUGUUUCAAAAGAUCAAAAAGGUUCAUCACCUGAACCAUCUUUCCAGAGGUUUGGUGGCGUGAAACAGUUUAAUGUGUCUUAUAAUAAAAGCAACCCAGGAAACAAAAAUGGGACAAAUGGAAUGACACAUGUUGCUCAACUCCAUGCAGUUCCUGGUUAUACUUUUUUAGUUGAUGAAGUCACUCCCUCAAAGAUGGCUGAAGGUGGCAAGCCAGCACGAUCAGCAUUAGAUGAUGCUUGUCUCAAUGUUAAUGGCAGCAAGAGCGUGAAGGAAGAUGCAGCUCGCAGGAAAGCUGUGUCAGGUCCACAGCCCAGCAUCGACACGCAUACUUUUAGAAGUCUUGCUGAAUUUCAGAAGAAAUCAAGUCGACCUAGAUCCAUGUCGAAUGAUAUGCCAUUUGAUGCAUUUGAAAUUGGCCUAGGUAGACAUCCACCUUCAAGUUCACCAUCUAACUCCAGUUAUAAUAAUGGUGGUGAAAAUACAUCAAUGAAUUCAAAGUUUGGCGUUUCUAGAAAUGAUGCUUCCAGAGAUGCAUUGGGUGAUUAUUCACCAGCUUUCUCUGAUGAGGAAAUAGAUGCAAAUUCAGAUGCUGCCGCCUCAGUAGCUGCACUUAGAAAGGCAAUAGAGGAGGCUCAAAUGAAAAUUAAAAUUGCAAAAGAAUUGAUGGAGAGAAAGAAAGAGGGGCUUCAAAAUCGUGCAAAGACAAGCUUUAAUAACGGCUGGAAAGCUCAGAAAAGUGGGGUUAAAACUGCAGAAAGAUCAAAAAGAUCCAAUGAGCUGGGGGAUCAGGAAAUGCAUGAAAAAGAGGAUACUCCAAAGCAAGUAAUUACUGGCUUACCAGAGCAUAAUGUGACAAAAGCAAGCCAACUACCCCAGAGUUUUGAAGAUGAGAAGAAAUCUUCUUUUGCUAAUAAUGUUGUUAGAAAAACACACAGCAUGGAAUCCAAAUCAACUCGAACGGAUAGUAGACUGGAAGAAGCAGAAGACUGGGAGUCAACAGAAGAGUUUUUUGAAGCUGCGGACUAUGAGGAGCACAGGGAGAUGCCAUCAGAAUAUGAGGAGGCAGGCAAUGCAGAGAAAAUGGUGUCAUAUGAUCAUGAAAAUAAAUGGAGAGAGAAGAUGACUGCAGAAGAAAAAAUCAAAAUGCCAGAGCGUGGCGAGGAAACUUUUAAGGAGCACAAGGUCGAGAGAGAACUAAGUUCAGAAGAGUUUUUUGAAGCUGCGGACUAUGAGGAGCACAGGGAGAUGCCAUCAGAAUAUGAGGCAGGCAAUGCAGAGAAAAUGGUGUCAUAUGAUCAUGAAAAUAAAUGGAGAGAGAAGAUGACAGCAGAAGAAAAAAUAAAGACGCCAGAGUGCGGCGAGGAAGCUUUUAAGGAGCACAAGGUCGAGAGAGAACUAAGUUCAGAAGAGUUUUUUGAAGCUGCAGACUAUGAGGAGCACAGGGAGAUGCCAUCAGAAUAUGAGGAGGCAGGCAAUUCAGUGGUAGGAGCAUUUCAGUGGAAUUUAUAUGCAAACUUCGUUAAGCCAGCUGGAGAGCUUCAUAACCAGGAAGAAAACGAGGAGAAAAUGAGAAUUUCUAACAAUCAUGAAGAAGCUGAGCAAACAUCUAUAGUGUCUGAUGAUUGGGAAGACUGUGAAACUAAGCUGGAAAAACUUCACCACCCUUACAAAAAAGCAGAAUUUCCAAUCCGGGAGUUCGAGGAGAACGGAGAAAUGAAGGAACUAAAAGAUGCUCAGGACUCGGUGGAAACUGAGAAGAAACAAAGGGAGGCACUAGAUCAUAAGGAAAUGGAGAAUAGAUCAGAUGAAGUUCCUAUUACGGACGAUGAGUAUGAUGGAAGCCUCGAUGAUAUAUAUGAGAAAGAAGCAAAUGUGGAGGGACAGCAAGAAGACUGGGACAGGGUAGAAUGUGGAAUGAAACAAGGUGGUUGGAACCUAAAAGAAAAUGAGGAGAAACAAAAUGAUUUGCACAGGGGAGAAAUAUCAGGUGAAGAUGGUGGGAUAGAAGGGAGUGCGAAGCUGGAAGAACUCAAGGAGGAUGAAGAGAUACUCAAAAGAAGUGACCAGAUGAAUGAAAUUGAGAAGAGAGGAGAAAAGAUGUGUGAAGGGAUAGAAACUGAGAGGAUAAGAUCAGAGAGUCAUCAGGGGGGAGAAGAUAGAAAGGCCAUGGAAGUGACUGAACAGUCCUUAAGAUAUGAGGGGGGCAAUCUUGAAACUGCGAAGGAUGAGCAGGAAAAAAAGAACCUAGGUGAGAGUGACAAUGCCUGGGGACGCACUACAAACUUUGCUGCUGGGGAUUUAAAGACACAGGUUCUUACUGCCGAGGAGAAUGGAAGGCUAAUGGAGGUAACUGAAUUUUCUCCUCUGUUACAAGGGACUGAACAGGAGUCAAAGGCAGUCAAAGACGCAAACAGUCCGGAGGAACAGGAUUGUGAAAUUGCUUGCUUGGCUCAAGGUUUCAUUGGACUUGAUAGGAUCAAGAAGCAAACUGCAGAUGUAACUGAGGAUCUUCUUAUUGGCGAAAAUGGGGUAUAUUUUGGUGAAAAUGACGUUAACUUUGAAAACAAGCAAAAUCAUCAUGUAACAGAAUACAAGAGCAUGCCUAAUCAGGAAAAAUGCGUUGAAGAUGUUACUAUUGAAUUGGAUGAUAAUGGUGAUGUUGAUAUUUGUGAACCUGAAGUUCACGCUAUUAAUGAAGAAAGUGAGAAGAGUUCGAUAUCCUCUCAUAAUGAAAGAUGGUCCAGUGAUGAGACAGAAUCACUUUGUGAUCCAGAGUGCUGUAUUGAAGAAGCUGCUUGUGAAUUUGGAGAAAAUAACAACGAUAUCAAUGAGUCUGAAGUUACAGCAAAUCACGAGAAUUCUUUUGAAUCUUCUCAUGAUGAUAGAUGGGUAGAUAAUGGUAUCAAUACCAAAGCAAGUCAGCAACCUUGUAUAUUUAAAGGGCAAGGGGAGAUCACAGAGAAAUCCGUGGAAGAGGAAUUAAGCCAAAGCACCAGCAAGAAAGAGGAGAAUUGUUGCAAAAACCUGGCAAUGGAAGAGAAGGAAUGUGAAGAUGAUUUGAGAAAGGAAGUGGAGGUGGAAAAGAAACACUUAAAGAAAAAGGAAAAAAUGAAAGAGGGGGAAGUAGAAAGAGAAAAGGAGAGAAUAGCUGUUGAAAGGGCAAUACGAGAAGCGCGCGAAAGGGCUUUUGCAGAAGCCCGAGAAAGGGCUGCUAUCGAGAGAGCAGCUGCAGAAGCUCAUCAAAGGUCAAAGGCUGAGGUCCGAGAAAGGCUAGAGAAGGCUCCUUCAGAAGCUAAUAAUAAGUCAGCUGCUGAGAAGGCUUCUUCUGAAGCCAAACUAAAAGCUGAACGUGCUGCAGUAGAGAGAGCAACUGCAGAGGCCAGGCAGCGUGCCCUAGAAAAAGCGUUGUCUGAGAAGGCUGCUUUUGAGGCAAGAAAUCAGGCUGAAAAGUCUACAGCUGAGAGACUUUCAAGCAUUUCAAAAGCUAACGGGAUGAAUUCCAGAGAUAAACAAUACAACGACCCAGGUCCUUCUAGCAGUUCAAGAUAUCCUGGAUCUUCAAAUCAUGGUGAAAGUGCUAAUGGAGGUAAUGGUGAAUCAGCAGCUCAAAGGAGUAAAGCCACGUUGGAAAGGCAUCAAAGAACAGCAGAGCGUGCGGCAAAAGCUCUCGCAGAGAAGAACAUGCGGGAUCUUCUUGCUCAAAAAGAGCAGGCGGAGAGAAAUAGACUGGCAGAGACUUUGGAUGCUGAUGUCAAGAGAUGGUCUAGUGGGAAGGAGAGAAACUUGCGUGCUCUUCUUUCAACACUGCAAUAUAUCCUUUGCCCUGAUAGUGGCUGGCAGUCAAUUCCUUUAACUGAGCUUGUUUCAAGCACUGCUGUGAAGAAAGCUUAUCGAAAGGCCACUCUAUUUGUUCAUCCUGACAAGUUGCAGCAACGAGGUGCAAGCAUACAACAGAAAUACAUCUGCGAGAAGGUUUUUGAUCUUCUAAAGGAUGCCUGGAACAAACUCAGUGCAGAAGAACGGUAGACAAUGUCAACCCUCAUCCUUAAGGUUUCCUUUACUGUAGACAUGAUCCACAACCAAAUUUGUAAUCCUCAAUCCUUCACUGUAGGCAAUACACACCCACCUUCGUAUCCUUGGUCCGCAAUGCCUAAAUUCUUGCAGUAGGUAAAUUCUUGUAUUGCAUUCAUUUGCCCAUGUAUUCAAUUUCAAAGCUGUCAAAAGGGGUGCGUUGCUGUUAA